AUGGAUGAAUACAUAUUUCGGUCCUACAUGGAUAACUGUAGUUAUGACGAGGAACCAACCAGUUAUCUUGAGAUACUCACUUACUCGGACCCUUUAUUCAACACCAUCGAAGAGCAUCGCUUUAGCUCAGAUGAGUUGGAAGAUGAGUUUGCCAACUUUCUUCACCGGCGCGGUGCCUUUGCGCCACCUAAAUUACCUCCUAAUGUCGAGUUCCUCGGCGGCGUGCGCAUGAUGGAAAAACGGCACCUCAAGGCCUGUGCCUCAUCCUCCCGCCAGAUCUUGCAUCCGUUAUUGUUACCUAUCAUUAUCUUCGGGCGCGAGAUCCAAAAUAAUGAUGAGAGGCAGCGCGAUGCUCGUGAUUGGCUGCGCCAGCUGGAGCACGCUGUUUCUCUGCGCCAGGAAGUCCUCGAUGGCGAGUCUCGUUACGUGAAGGAAGGCGAGAUCAAUCUUGAUUUGGUUAACCAUGAUCUCGUCGAAUGCCAUUCUCAAGUGUUAUGGAAACGUCCGCAGGCAUACCAGGAGGUAAUCAAGGGAAUAAACGCUGCCAUGGACAGGUUCUGGUCAGCCGCCAGGGAUAAUAGGAGGUACUUCGGCGAAGGCAGUGAGAUCGAAAAACUGCAUCGAAGCUUGCUUUCAAGAUUAGAUUUCUAUAGGGUUAAGCUCACAGGAAUCGAACAUUAUGCCAGGACUACUCUGGAGCGGUUAGAACUCCAACGGGCAGCGCUUUACAACAUCAUCGCCCAAAAGGAAUCCAAGCUCAAUCUCCAGAUGGCUGGCGAACAACGCCGACUUGCACACAGGGCGAAAAGAGACAGCACGUCGAUGAAGAUGCUCUCUUUGAUGGGCGCAGUCUUCCUCCCAGCCACCUUCAUAGCCUCCAUCUUCAGCAUGUCUUUCUUCGACUUUAUCCCCGACGACCCUGACGCCGCUGUCCCUUCAGUAUCACCGUUAAUCUGGAUCUAUUUCGCAUUUACGAUUCCGGUUACGGCUGUGGCCGUAUCCCUGUAUUUGUGGUGGGAGCGACGACGCGAAGCCCGGUAUGCGGCCGAAGACCGCGAUAUCGAGGCAGGCAUCGAGGAGAUGGAGCAGCAGAUCAUGACAACGAUGCGCAAACGCGUCGUGACCAGAGUACGCACGUGGAAUGUCGACGCGCAUCGAACGGGAACAGGGGCUUCAGCGUCAGGGAAGGAGUGA